CAUUAUGAAAAUUAAAGUAUAAUAACUGUGGCACAAAAACAGAGGUUAGUUCAACGACUCACCCACCUAUCACACAACCAUUUUCUCACGUGUCAUUCAUCUCCUCUAUCUUCUCCUCCUCAUUAUCAAUCAAUUUUACAGAACAAAACUCACAAACCACAACAAUGAAGGUAACCAAGCGACCGAUCUACGCCGUCUCUAAAUGGCUCCGCCGCCAACCGCCCAAAAUGAAGCUCUUUCUCGCGGUUCUCUCCGGACUUGUAGCUCUUCUUUUUCUUCGCAUGGUUGUUCAUGAUCAUGAUAGCCUCUUCAUAGCGGCUGAGUUUGUGCAUGCAUUGGGAAUUUGCCUCCUCAUUUAUAAACUCGCUCAGGAAAAAACAUGCGCCGGACUCUCACUCAAAUCACAGGAACUCACAGCUAUAUUUCUAGCUGUUAGACUAUACUGCAGUUUUGUCAUGGAAUACGAUAUACACACCUUACUCGAUACUGCAACAUUAGGGACAACCCUCUGGGUUAUUUAUAUGAUACGUUUCAAACUGAAAUCCAGUUAUAUGGAUGAUAAGGACAACCUUGCAAUAUACUAUGUGGUGAUUCCUUGUGCUGUACUGUCUUUGUUCGUUCAUCCCACAACCCAGCAUCAUACUAUUAACCAGAUUUUCUGGGCUUUUUGUGUUUAUCUUGAAGCUGUAUCAGUUCUACCUCAAUUGCGAGUCAUGCAGAACACUAAGAUUGUUGAACCAUUCACAGCACACUAUGUUUUUGCCCUUGGAAUUGCAAGGUUCUUGAGUUGUGCACAUUGGGUCCUCCAGGUAUUAGAUACCCGCGGUCAACUACUAACUGCUUUGGGUUAUGGAUUGUGGCCUUCUAUGGUACUUGUAUCAGAAAUUGUCCAAACCUUCAUCCUGGCAGAUUUUUGCUACUACUACAUCAAGAGCCUUGUUGGGGGACAGCUCGUUGUUCGGCUUCCUUCAGGAGUUGUGUAAUUUUAACUUUCAUUUUUCAGUUUCCUUCAAGUUGGAUUCUCCUUUUGAUGCGUUAUCGAUCUAGGUCAUUGUUAACAGAGGUCAGAAUGUAAUAUAUAUGUAACUCAGACAUUUAAUACAAGUUAGUUUAUUCUCAUA